UACCCUUACCAACCGAAAAUAAAACAAACUUGUUAUUUUCCUCUCUCUUUCUUUUUUCUUUUUCUCCAUGUCCUUUAGUUUUACCCCUACCCAUUAAAUUCAAUUAAUUUAAUAUUUCAUGACAAUUACAUCCCUUCUUAUCUUACCUCUAUCCUCCAAUCCUCAACCAAUACGCAACUCUCUCCAUUUUUUUCAAUUUUAAUUCCACAUUCAAUUCAUUAUUCAAUUUUGAUGUGUUAAUGUAAUUAAUUUUUGAGGGGGUUUUGUAUUAGUUGUGAGUAAUUUUGAUGUUGUCUCGAGCUGUUGCUAUUGAGAACAAAGUUGUAAUGCCGGAAUCAUCCGUGGUGGUUUCGGCGGCGGAGAUUGGACCAAGGAGUUCCGACGAGGAUGAUGUGAUGCUUAGACGGCGUCGUUUUCAGAAUUUAAGAGGAGUUCAGUGGCGUAUAGAUCUUGGAAUUUUGCCUUCUUCCUCUUCUUCCUCUGUAGAUGAUCUUCGCCGUCUCACUGCUGAUUCUCGCCGCAGAUAUGCCGGUCUGCGGAGGCGCCUCCUUGUAGACCCACAUAUAUCAAAGGAUGGAAGUAAUUCUCCUGAUCUUGCUAUUGACAAUCCUUUAUCUCAAAACCCAGACAGUACAUGGGGACGUUUCUUCCGAAAUGCUGAACUGGAAAAAACCGUUGACCAGGAUUUAUCACGUUUAUAUCCUGAGCAUGGGAACUAUUUCCAGACUUCUGGCUGUCAGGGAAUGUUAAGGCGGAUAUUGCUAUUGUGGUGCCUUAGACAUCCUGAAUGCGGGUAUCGACAAGGUAUGCAUGAACUUCUGGCUCCUUUGCUGUAUGUUCUUCACGUUGAUGUUGAACGUCUCGCUGAAGUGCGAAAAGACUAUGAGGACCAUUUCACUGACAAAUUUGAUGGCGUAUUAUUUCAUGAAAGUGACCUUAUGUUCAAUUUUGAUUUCAAAAAGUAUUUAGAUUACAUGGAAGAUGAGAUAGGCUCUCAUAGUAAUUCCACAAAGAUUAGGAGUCUUGAUGAGCUUGAUCCUGAGAUACAAACCAUUGUAUUGCUAAGUGAUGCUUAUGGAGCUGAAGGUGAACUGGGAAUUGUUUUAUCAGAUAAAUUUAUGGAACAUGACGCUUACUGUAUGUUUGAUGCUUUGAUGAAUGGGGCUAAUGGUUCAGUUGCCAUGACCGACUUUUUCUCUCUAUCUCCUGCUGGCGGAUGUCAUUCUGGGUUACCUCCUGUAAUUGAAGCUUCUGCUGCAUUGUAUCAUUUGCUUUCCGUUGUUGAUUCAUCAUUACAUAGCCACCUUGUUGAACUUGGUGUUGAACCUCAGUAUUUUGCACUUCGCUGGUUGCGGGUUUUGUUUGGACGGGAGUUUUUGCUUAAAAACCUCUUGUUAGUAUGGGAUGAAAUAUUUUCCGCCGAUAACAGUAAAUUAGAUAAAAGUCCUGAAGAUGAUGCAAGUUCUAGUUUUUGUAUUCUUAGUUCACAUCGAGGAGCAUUGAUCGCAGCUAUUGCUGUCUCUAUGAUACUUCAUUUGAGAUCUUCACUGCUUGCCACUGAGAAUGCUACAACCUGUCUCCAGAGAUUGCUGAAUUUUCCAGAAAAUAUAGAUCUGAAAAAACUAAUAGAUAAGGCAAAGUCUUUACAGACUCUUGCGUUGGAGACCAGUAUCUUAUCCUUCUCUCAUCCUUUUGGUAAUGCUUUUAACCAGUCUAAAUCCAUGGUGGUGAGAGGGCAUACUCUUUCGUCUGGUUCCGUUUCUCCAAAAACUCCUCUAAAUAUUGUGCCAGAUAGUUACUGGGAAGAGAAGUGGAGAGAUUUGCACAAAGCUGAAGAACUUCAGAAAAAUUCAGGGAAACAAACUCCAACACCAAAAAAAGGAUGGUCGGAAAAAGUAAGAUUGACUUUAUCAAGAACAGCGUCUGACCCGUCCCCAGCAAAAGUUGGGCAUGAAAAGGUCCCGAAGCCAUCUGUUAGGCGCCGUUUGCUUCAAGAUUUAUCUCGCGAACUUGGUUUCCAUGAAGACGUCGAGAAUGCAGAUUGUGGUGACGACGUUUCAGGCCAGAAUGAUCAUAACUGCCCAGAAGUUGAGGGUGAGGAUCAACAUGGAGUUCGUAAGGAUUUCAGUUUCACCAGUGAAGAUAGAUCUCCAAGUGGAAAUGCUGGGAGCGAAGAAACUUGUUUUGUAUUCUCAGACCCAUCUAGUCCCAUUAGUGUUGCUAACAAUCAUGAAAAUGACUCAGAGAAAAGUAGUGUUGCCUCAAAUUUGUCCACUGAUGAAACAGAUGCCCAUAGUGAGGUUAUACAGGGAGACUCAGUUCUUCCUGUUUCUGAUCUCCCUGAUGAUAUCGCUCCAAGUUCUGAAAGCAAAAAUGAGGCUACUGGAAAAUUAGUGAACGGUACGAAGGAGCGGAAACUUCUUUCAGGUAAACUCCAGUGGUUUUGGAAAUUUGGACGGAGUAACGUUGGUGAGGAGACAUCUGAAAAAGGAAUUGUUGACUCUACAAAAUCUGCCAGUGAUGCUGGUAGUGAGAGCAAUGUGAUCAGCACUUCCGCUAAUGAAUCUAACAAUUUGCAUACAAAUAUAAGAGGAGAUGUUGUGGAUCAGAAUGUGAUGGGUACAUUGAGGAACCUUGGUCACUCGAUGCUUGAACAUAUUCAGGUAUUAGAGUCUGUAUUCCAGCAAGAUAGGGUUCAGGUGGGGUCAUUGGAGAAUUUUUCCAAAAAUGUUAUAGUUGGCAAAGGACACGCUACAGCUAUGACAGCCCUUAAGGAGCUUCGAAAAAUUAGUAAUCUUCUGUCUGAAAUGUGAGGUGAGCAUUAAUUAUAUAUACCUGUAUAUAUGUCUUCUUGUAAUUACUAUUCUUUUAGUGCAACAAUAAAGAAAGCGAGUUUCUGAA